UGCAGCACCCGCACUUGUUACCGGUCAUGUUUUCAUGAUGGAACCUGCAAGUCUUUUCUCACUGGCGUAAACCAGCAACGGCUGCGUGCAAUAGAGAGCCCUCAUGGUAACAUGUAUAACAUAUUUUCUCCUCGUUAUGAUGUGGAGGGAUCAAGCAAUGGUACUCAAUAUCGCAAAAGCACUAUUUGCAGGUAUUCUGUACAGUGUGAACCAGGACAGAUUCUCAGCUACACAAUCAAAGAAGUUGAUCUUCAAGACAAAGUGUACUGUUCAAAUGAAGAAGUGUGUGUAGACUGGGUUGAUAUUUUAUUCUACGAUAGCAAUGAUGAGCAAUUAAGAUUAUGUGGGAGGAAAGAGAAAUCUGACGACGUUUUUAUAGUUGGAAGUGAUAGGAUGGACUUUAAGUUUGUCAGCAAUCGCUUUGCCGAAGCGAAAGGGUUCUUUUUUGUUGUUCAGUGUUCUGAGUCUAACUUAGGUCAACAAAAUGCUUCAGUUCAGUUAAGACCUCCCUCCCAUCAGUAUUGCAGUAGACCUUGCUGUUCAAAACCACCUACAGUUGUGCUUAAAAAGCCAAGCUACACCAGAUUCAGAUAUUUCAAAACGAUUGUUAGGAGGCGAUGGAGGCUCGUUUUAAAGAAUUACGAACUGUUAAUCAUAAAUGAGCAAAAGCAUGUGUUACGAAGAGUAAGAGUCUCUAGACUGGUGGUGAGAGACAGUCCCAGAGGUGACUACUCCAGAAUGCACUACCACUACUACUCUGGUUACUACUCACAUGUUUUUCUUGGCUACGGUUUUCUCACUGUAUAUCGAGGAAGAGCUCAUUAUCUUCAGACUAGAGUUGAACCUAUGUUCAUACCUACCAGACAAGAGGCCAAGAUCAUUCUGAGACUCCAACGGGCGCUGAACAAUUACCUUCAGCUGGACACCUUUGAUGUAAAGGACUCCCUAGAUGACCAGGAAGCAAAACAAACACCUUCCUUGAUGCAACAGAGGCAAUUGAGACCUCCUUAUCUCCGCCCGUUACCUGCAUGGCUGAUAUCCAACAAGGAAUACACAAACUUAUUGGCACUUCGCACCCGUUCCUGCUAUCGGACCUGUUUCGAGGAUGGUGUGUGUAAAGCUUUUGACCCGCAUUCAUCUCCCCAAACUUUACAUGUGCUCGUCAAUGGUAGUGGGUAUACUUUCCAACAUGUGGCUUCUCCUCGAUAUGGAGAGGGCAACUAUCGUAAAAGCACAAACUGCAGGUAUUCUAUAGAAUGCGAUGAAGGGCAAAACCUGGCGUACACUGUUGAUGCAUUUGAUCUUGAGGAUGAAGUUACCUGUUCACAUGGAGAGAAGUGUGUGGACUGGGUGGAGAUAACAUUUCCCCAUCUCAAUCUCAAGAGGAGGUUCUGUGGGAGAGGAGAGUUUGGAGAAUCAAGAGUUGUUGGUCACAACAAAAUCUCGUUUGAGUUCGCCAGUAAUCGCCGUGUUCAAGAUCUUGGGUUCUUGUAUACCGUUCGGUGCCUCGAUAGUAACCUGGAACAUGAUGCUUCAAUAGCUGAAUACUGCAGUAAGCCUUUGGGCUCACAACCACCAAUCAUCCGGCCAGAAAGGUUGGAUUACGAUCCGACUACUGCUCCUGUUAAAACUGUAGUUGGAAAGAAAAGCGUUCUUGUUUUUAGGGACGAUUUGAUAUCUGUGUUUGAAGGAAAGCAAGGGUUAUACAAAACAAAAGGAAUCGAUCGUUUAGAUGUGGAAACUGAUUUAUCAAAAGUCACCGAGAUUUACCCUGGUCCCGACCUUAAAGUUUUCUCUGGCUAUGGUAUUCUUGCAAUAAAUGAUGGCCGAGCAUACUAUUUUCAGACAGGAGCCAAUCCCAUUCUCCAACCAUCUAAAAAAGAAGAAGCGGUCAUACUGAGAAUCGAUAUGGCCCUGAACGAUUUCCUUGGGAUAGACGCAUUUGAUGUGAAGGAUGAUCUUGACUAUCUGGAAUACCUUCGGAGGCCAGUGUUCCAAAGGCCACAAAUGCGCCCUCGUCGACCAUUUGUUUCAGCAACAAAAAGAUUCUAUGAGAAUGCAAAAGUGAGCGGACUUGCUGCCAUGUUUGGAAAUGCCUGCAACCCCAUUCUGCGUGCAAGUGCCUGUGACUAUCAGGCAAUUGUUCAAGGAAGAGAUUGUAGGACUGGCAUGUUACUCUAGUUAGAUCAUCAUAGUUUGCUGAUAAUGAACUGAAGUAGUACAAACUUGUUAGUUUUGGUGUAUGGUUAUCGUAGUAUACUACAAUUUGCUCCAUGAGAUACAAUGUUAAAAUACGUU